UAAUACACCGGAAGUUUGCCACGGUUCGACCAAUCAUCUUCGAGUGUUUCCCUGGCAUUUCCUGUGUCAGUUAGAAGCAGCAGUGAGAAGGGUAAAGAGUGCUGACAAACAUCAGAAGUGGUUUCUUGGACCAAAACGUGACACUGAUCAGCAAUGCAGAGAAGGGAGAUUGAGGAUCCAGUUGCUGAUAGCAGUGCAGAUGAUACGGAGGAGAGCACCGCGGCAUCUGAGAUGACCAACAGCCCUAAAGAAACCGAAACACAGCCGGACGGCACACCAACCAACAGUGCUCAGACUGAUGAAGGCUUGGCAGAGGCUGCAGCGCUUUCUUCUUCCCGUGACAUGGCUGAGGAGCUGAGUAGACAGCUGGAGGACAUCCUCAGCACCUAUUGUCAUGAGGAUGGCGGAGUUGGCAGCGAGGAUGUGGCAGUGACCAAUGGGCAGCCUGAUGGUGUGGAAGUGAACGGGCUGUCUGAGAAGGAGGACAGCAAACAGGAGGAGGCCAAACUGAAUGGCAAUGGAUGCGUGGAGAAGGACCAGAAGAAGCUGCAAGAGAAGAAGAAAGUGAAGGGACUUGGCAAGGAGAUAACCCUUCUAAUGCAGACUCUAAACACACUGAGCACUCCAGAGGAGAAACUGGGUGGUCUCUGUAAGAAGUAUGCUGAGCUGCUAGAGGAGCACCGUAACUCUCAGAAACAGAUGCGGGCUCUUCAGAAGAAGCAAACGCAGCUGAUCCAGGAGAAGGACCACUUAAGAAAUGAGCACAGCAAAGCCAUCCUGGCACGCAGCAAGCUGGAGAGUCUCUGUCGAGAAUUGCAAAGACACAACCGCACACUUAAGGAGGAUGGUGUGCAACGUGCCCGAUUGGAGGAGGAGAAAAGGAAGGAAGUGACCUCACAUUUCCAGGUGACUCUGAAUGACAUCCAAGCUCAGAUGGAGCAGCACAACGAGCGUAAUGCAAACCUAAGACAGGAGAACAUGGAGCUGGCUGACAAACUGAAGAAACUUAUUGAGCAGUACGAGCUCAGAGAGGAGCAUAUUGACAAGGUGUUCAAGCACAAAGAUCUGCAACAGCAGCUGGUAGAUGCAAAGCUUCAUCAGGCACAGGCACUGCUCAAGGACUCAGAGGACCGUCAUCAGAAGGAGAAAGACUUUCUCCUGAAAGAAGCAGCUGAGUCUCAGAGGAUGUAUGAGCUCAUGAAACAGCAGGAAGUUCAUCUGAAACAGCAGCUCUCAUUGUACACAGAGAAGUUUGAAGAGUUUCAGAACACACUUUCCAAAAGCAACGAGGUGUUCACAACUUUCAAACAAGAGAUGGAAAAGAUGACCAAGAAGAUUAAGAAGCUGGAGAAGGAAACAACCAUGUACAGAUCACGAUGGGAAAGCAGUAACAAAGCUUUGCUGGAGAUGGCAGAGGAGAAAACACUACGAGACAAGGAGUUUGAAAGCCUGCAGGUGAAGGUGCAGCGACUGGAAAAGCUCUGUCGUGCGUUACAGAUAGAGCGUAAUGAGCUGAGUAAGAAGGUUCAGGGUGUCUCCACGGGCGUUGAGAAUAGGCCAGAAACAGAGACGGGGUCACCGCCUGAAGCGAUAGACUCAGAAGAGGGCAGCCCUGUCCAUCAGAACAGCCCAGAGACUCCACAAACCACUUGUAGCCCGGCGUGCCACUGCGGUCCAGAUCUGGAGGCUGAGAGUCACAGAGAGGUGUGCUCAACCCAGGAUUGAGUCUUGCUGUCUCUUGGUGGCCAGGACACACACACAAUCCUUCCCACCUCUACCAGACCCCCGACCCUCCAUCAGCAGUCGGCGUCUGUUCUUUUCUGCAUCUGCGUCUGUGACAGAACUGCUGACUUGUCUGCUUUUGAGGGGUUUUCAUUGUGUCAGGGAAGAUUGUGCCUUCAACAUGACUCCUAUGCUGCGUUUAUACUCUUUGGUUUUUAUGUGGCUUGCUUUAUCCCACCUUAUUCUCGAGAAAAUUCCAUAUUUGCAUUUAGAGGGGCAUUGAUGUUGCUGCUGUCUUGGAAUGCUCAGUGUUUGUCCACUAAAUGCUUGUCUCUUUUCAGUUUGGCUGGAAAAAAAACGUAAAGAAUCUUAACAGAUGGAUUGCUGUAAUUGGGGAAAAAUUCUUUGCCAUGAAACAGCAGACAUGCUUUUUCUUUGGGUGUUUUUAUUUAGUUUCUCGCCUUAAGUUGUUGUAUUAGGUAAAAUAUGCUUGUGCGCUUCCCAACCACUCUAUUUCUUUUUAUUUCUUAUAAAUAACCUGCACCAAACAAAGAAUGUAUGAUUUAUUAUUCAUCACUUCUCAGAGUUUAGAAAUGUAGACGUACGGUUAAGGCUAACAUUGUUUUGAGUUUAAGGGUCAUCUAAUCUGAACCCAUAUUUCUUUAAGCUUUUGCACAACACUUGAAUUUAUCACAUGUAUUUUUAACUGAAGUUUACACCAUCUUUAAACACCACUAGUUUCUUUCAGAUAAUAUAUCCAGCAUUGUAGAUACAUUCCUUUAACUCGUUCCAUUAACUUCUAAUUAGGAAUGUGCACUUAAAUGAUGUCAUGACCACAGGGAUUUCAUUCAGUGUGUGAUUUCAGUUUGGAUGGUUUUCAUAUUAUUUCAGAUACUGAUCACAUGGCUGUUUGUGUUAGUGGCUUACUAAAUGUUUAACAUAUUAAAAACGGUUGAAUCCCCAGCCCAAUUUUAUCAUAUUAAACAAGAAGAUUCAAGAACACUAUGCAAUUCUAGCUCUGUUCAUGUCAUCUCGGUGUUUAGCAUGUGAGCAAAGCACUGACAUGCUGAAUAAUGAAUGUAUGUUUGACACAAAGUGACUUAGUUCUGAGAUGUCAGUAAAUUUCAGCACUCUUGGAUUUUUUUUUUCCCAGUGCAUUUACAUCCUAUAAUUGUACCCUUUCAGUUCCAUUCUGAGUGGAGAAAAAUUUCUGGUAUAGUGUUGAAUAAGAAGUGCAUAAAGUUAUAAUUUGGCCAUGUAAACUCAUCCACGUUUCAUUCCAGUCAAUCAGUUUCAAAAAGUUUGUCAACCGGUAUGUGUGUGGAAAUCAUUAUUUUAACUUAUUUGCCAGUCAUUCUUUCAAUUUGACAUUCCCAUUAUAUAAGAAGGUACCAAAGAUCUGUUGUUGUUUUUUUUCACACCCUGUAUACAUUUGCGAAUUAAAAUACUAAGAAAAUUAAA